AUGGCUCGAGCAGAAAUCGGUACUUCUAAAUAUGAAGCCAAAAAAUUGAAAGCAAGCGGGUUACAAAAGUUAAAGUUUUAUUGUCAAAUAUGUUCCAAACAAUGUCGUGAUGCCAACGGGUUCAAAAACCAUCUUCAAUCAAAGUCUCACUUAGGUCGAAUAUCUAAUUUACAAUCUAGUGGAAAAUCUAAUAGUAUAGUUUCCAACUACUCCCAGCAAUUUCAAACUGACUUUUUGAGCCUCUUACGGGUCAGCCAUGGUACCAAAUCAAUUAAUGCCAAUAGAUUCUAUCAGGAAUAUAUCCGACAGCGUGAUCAUAUACACAUGAAUGUGACACGUUGGAAAAGUUUGACUUCAUUUGUUAAACACUUGGGCCAAAAUGGGCUAGUUAAAGUGAUCAAAACUAAUGAUAACGAUGAUGAUGAGUCAGUGGAUAGUGAAGGUUUCAAUUUGGAGAUUAGGUUAAUUGACUCACAAGAAGUUGAGAAAUUAAAGACUAGAGAAGAAGAAAAACAUGUAAGGGUGGAUAAUGAGAUGAAUGAUAAGUUGAUUCAAGAGCAGAUCAAACGUGGACAAGAAAUGGAAAUGAAGAAACGAAAGGACUCUCCUAUAGAAGAAUCUGCUCCAAGCACAAUCAUUCCUGAAGGGGGUAGAGAGUCCACCAGUAGAACAUUAACACCAAUCAGGCUAAAUAUCAAGAAGAAGUCAGUGGGAAGGUUGAAAGUAGCAUUUGACAAUGAUAGUGAAUAG